UCUCACUCUUUUCAUUUCCAAUUGGGAGAGCGGGCGAAGCAGUUGGGAAAGCGCGUGUAAACAGCAGGGAAAUCGAAAUCGCAUUUGUGCCUUGUUUUUCUUGACCAAAAAGUACUAAAUUGGCCAAAAAUUUGCAGCGCAGAGCAGAAAACUGCAGAAUGCAGAAUAAAGCUGGCCAACAAACACACCGAUUGGUGUACGUGUGAGGGCCUCUCGCGCGCCCAUGUGUAUGUGUGUGUGUGUUUAGUGCUCGAAAAAAAUAUUGCUCAAUGGCCCAAAAAAAUGGUAAAGAAAAUCAAACACCUUCUGAAAUGAGCAGAUGAAAAACAACGAAAACAAUUUCCCAAACGUGAAAAGUGCGGUGAAAGUGCAGCGAAAGCCAGUGAAAAGCAAAUGCAAAUAAAUGCUAUGUUUUUUUGCGCUCAAUUUGAGUUUUUAUUUUUGUGAAAGCCUUGUGCUCUUUCUCCCACUCUUUCUUUCCUUGUCCUGCGUUCCACGCUCUUCGCAAAACUACGAGCAUAAAUAAAACAACUAAAUUAAAGAGAGGUUUACCGACGAAUUCAGACUUUCUAGUGCAUUUGCUGGCCAUUUGAAUUAUGGCCUUUGUCAACAUGAAGGUGCCGUCGCCAGCCACGGUUAAGCUGAGCAGAUCCUUCACCACAAGCCCGCUGAUCAAGAGCAAUCUGGGCCAGAAUGCGGCCACCAAUGGCGAUGCCAUCGAUGCCAGCGUCGACGGGAUUGCAGUCGACUGAACAGGUGCAUGUGCACGCCACGCCCUCCAAUCCGCAGGAGAUUCACCAGGAUCGGAGUCCACACAACCACCACGCCAAACUGCCACCGCUGGAACUGCUGGUGGAGAACAAGAUCAGCUACAGCAGCUACCAGCAGCACAAUCAAACCCGAUCCAAGAGGAGUUCCCUGAGCAGUCCCUCCUCCAGUGAGGAUUGUGUCAGUGCUGCCAGAGCUAGUAUUUUUGAUGACGCCGCCGAGAGUUUUGUGAUCAAUUUCCCUUCGGAGUCGGCAUCCUCGCAGCAUCUGCUGCCCUUGUCGGAGACGGUUCCGUUGCUCACCCACAUCGAGGCCACGGUGGUGGAUAAGCAGCGUUCCAUAAGGCUGAACAAGAACAGUGCCUCGCUGAUCUUUACCAAGAAGGAACUGAACCAGGGAAACCAUCAGCAUCAACAUCACCAUCACCAUCAUCAUCAGCAGCCGCAGCAGCAAAGGCGCCAGCACCACAGCAGUCUCUACGGAGUGGGCAGGAAGCCCACCAAGCACCUGCCACCCACUCGAGGACAGCACCAGAGGCGGAGUCUACCGCUCAGCUAUAACAACAAUCUGGUGACCACCGCUCCAACAGGAGAGGGAGGAGGAGUAGGACGUGCAGGAACCGGUACCGGUGGGGCAGCCAAGCUUGUGCCGCUCAAGCAGCAGCAUCAGCACCACGGAGCAGGCCACACGGCACCACCCACGGCUAACGUCGUUGUUGCUGGUGGAGCGGGAGCUGCGGCUCCGUCCGCUCGCAAGCAGCUCUCCUACUCCUGGUACGCGCCCGUCUACAGUGCGCUUGAGGAGGAGCUGGAGCAGGACUCGCGGGAAUCCUCGCCAAUCCACAAUCUGGCCAACACAAAGCAGCACCAGCGCUCCGCCAGCCAAAAGGCCUCCACCGCCCUGCAUGCCACGCCCCGCCACGACCACGCCCUCGAUUCCGCCGACGCCGAGACGGUUGCGCUGCUGGACACGCAGGCGCGCAGCAAGGUCAUCAUUUCCUCGGCGAAUGGCGACGCUGGCGGAGCAGGGGCAGGAGGUGGAUUUGGUGGAGGCGGCGGAGGAUCUGGACUCGGCGGAGCUCUGGCUGCGAAUGGAGGAGAUCUGGAGAGCUCACUGGGACUAUCCGGGGGCGGUCAGUUGCCCCGAAGGCGUCGCUUCGAGAACUUUCUCAAAUCGCUGGUGGGACUCAAGGCGAGCAGCAGUCGAGGAGGAGGAGGAGGAGGAGGUGUCGGUGGCGGCGGAGCAGCUACAGAGCGAGAUCGGCCCGCCUCCCCUGAGAUACGGAUCACCCGCACUCCUUCCGAGCAGGAUGUGGUGCUCCGGGAUCCCUCUGGCCGUCAGCUAGCCAACGGCCAAGGACAUGCCAGCCUGAGCAUCAGCGGUUCGAGCAGCUCCUUGAAUGUGGUCCAGCAGAAGAUAUGGCACAUCAUGCGACGCGAGGGCAGCGCCAGCAGUCUGCACCAGGAGAAGUCCCAGUCGAUUGUCCAGUACACGGGAUUGCGCAAGUGCGAAACAGUCCUGGCCCUCACCCGUCAAUCGCAAUCGCACGGUCAUGUUCACGGCUUGAGCCAGAGCCGGAGCCAAGGACAUUCGUUGGCAGUCCAUGGCAGCGGGAUCUUCAGCUCGGGUGGAGUGGAACAAAUCCGACCACUGAACCGCCUGCGAAACAGUGUGAGCAGCAUUAAUGGCGUGGGCACCUGCUCGCGCUGCUCCAGUUUGUUAUCCCUGGCUGCCUCCGGAUCGCGCUAUUCCCUGGCCAGUGGCUUUGUGCCACGGCCGAACUCGGCCCUUAAUCACCUGGAAGCCGGAGUGGAAGAGGAGCAUCGUCGGGCCCAGGAGCCGCACAUCAAUGUGAAUGCCCAGAUCAGACUAAGCGGCGGAACAACUGCCAAUUCGACCAGUCCCAGUCCGCCGUCCAAUGUCACCACGGCCACGCUGCAUUCUAGUUCCGCCAAUAAUCUGAAUCAGGAGGAGCAGCAACCCACAGCGACGCCCGCCACCACGCCCACUGGAGCACCUGGGGCACAUGGAGGCGGGGGCGAAUUGGGACCCUUUGGAACCAAUCACGCUUAUCCACUGACCGUGAGCUCCCUGCUUUCCAUGGCCAGUGCGAAUCAAGCGGCCCAGGCUUGCUGCGUUCGGGAUGGGAUUGCGUUGAAGCGCCGCGAGAUGCUCGCUUCCGCCGAUGUUACGCCCUCGGUGGGCACUCCGGCCACGCCCACCACCACUUUCCAGCCCUUCACCUGCAAGCUGUGCCUCAUCGAUGUGGAGGAUGUGGGCGAGGCCAUGGCGUUGCAGCAGUGCGGCUGCCAAUUCUGCAUCGAGUGCAUGCGGGCCUACGUCGAGUUUGAGAUAUCCGAGGGCGCCUAUGAGAUCUCCUGCCCGGAUGCCAAGUGCCCGGCCCAGGGCGCCAUUUCCCUGCCCGAGAUCGCUAACCUAACCACAACGAACCUGCUGAAGAAGCACCAUCGCUAUCGCCUGAAUCGAGAAAUCGAAUUGGACAAGACGCGCACCUGGUGCCCACGGGCUGGCUGCGAGACCAUCUGCAUGGUGGGCGGAGCAGCGCAGCCCGCCCAAUCCAGCGCCAUUUGCCAAAUGGACGAGUCGCCGUCGACCUCGCAGAGCUACAGCCCGCAGCAGGAGGCAUCCGGAAGCGGAAGUGGAAACACGGGUGGCGAGGCCGGAAACGGAGCAGCCGUGUUCUCGGUGUCUGUGCAUUGCCCCUCCUGCAAGGACGAGUUCUGCGGCCUCUGCAAAAAGGCGUACCAUCCAAACAUAAGCUGCGAGGAGUUUGGACGCCGCCUGAUUGCCGAUGGCCAGGACGACAUCGGAAUACCGUUCGACAACGAGCUGAUCAAGUGCUGCCCCAUGUGCGCGGUGCCCAUCGAAAAGGACGAGGGUUGCGCGCAGAUGAUGUGCAAGCGAUGCAAGCACGUCUUUUGCUGGUACUGCCUGGCCAGUUUGGAUGACGACUUCCUGCUGCGCCAUUACGACAAGGGACCGUGCAAGAACAAGCUGGGUCACUCUAGAGCCUCAGUUGUGUGGCACCGCGCCCAGGUGAUCGGGAUCUUCGCCGGCUUCGGAAUCCUGCUGCUGGUGGCCUCGCCGCUGCUGCUCCUGGCCGCUCCCUGCAUCAUCUGCUGCAAAUGCCGCGGCUGCAGUGGAUCCAAGAUCGACGAGGUGGACGCCGAGCUGGAGGAGGAGGUCACCGCCUUGCAGGGCUAGGUGGCUGAACCUCCGAUUCCCAUCUGUACGCGACACAAGGCUGCAGCCUGUACAUGCAUCUGCUGCAGUUACUGGUAGAUUCUAUUGUUAAUGACGACAUGCUUACGUACAUUUAUUUUAGUUAUUACAAUUAUAAUUGUAUAUGUGUUAACUAAAUUGUGAUAUUUACAGUGAUUCGAUUUCUAAUUGAAUCGACAAAUUUGUUGAGAACCUAUACAAAGACAAGACGCCUUCGAUUCUUUUUAGGUUCUGUCUCUACAUAUAUUCUUUCCUCCCCUAACUACACUUAUGAAUAUAUAUUCGACUAAAUCAAUCUGUAUAAAGCAAGUAGGUCCUCUUUCUAGCGCAUAAGUUAGUCUAAAUAUAUUAGGAGUACGCCUCGUAUUUCAACAGUGCUUUUAUAUCGCACCCACCCCACAAAAACCCCCACUCACCCACUUAAACCUUUUCUCAAGUAUUACGCAUGCAACUAACAGACCCAAGAUCCUUGGGCCACUUCGAUCAACUGCUUGGCAAUGCUUUUAUCUAUACAUACACAUAUAUACUGCAUAUAUAGGAGGUAUAUAUGAUGUCACUACUACUGUUUAUUGAAUGUAUUUAAAUGUAAAUGUUAAUAUGCAGCUAAAACAAAUGUAAAACAGAUCGUUGCUCUCGGGGCGCUCGACCAAAAAUUGGAAGUGCACCCGCUGGGUGGGGUUUGGUUAAUGUAAAUUAUUGAAUUAUUUAAUGCAUAUACACUCAGAACACAUAUAUCAAAAUACGUAUGACAUAAAAAUGCGUGUAUAUUUAAAAAAACAUAUUUAAACUCUACUCUUAAUGUGAAGAACUACCGCGUAUGCUGUUUGAAAUAAAAAUGUUAAAAUAAAA